AUGCAUGUGAUUGCCUCACAAGCAGGUUUGACCACUCCCGACUUUUUCAACAUUACAGAAACUUCCCAUCUGCUCCAUCGUCACCGUUUACCACAACAGAGACAGCGACACACUAGUCUGAUGCCAAGUGAGCUCUUUCUAGGCUCUUUCAAGCCCUGCGCAAAAGUCAUUUUGCUCACUCUACUCCUAUGGGAUAUCAUCUUUUUGUCUGCCACGUCUGCCGACAAGUGUAAGCAAGUCAAGUUUCAGGUCUGGAGCGUGCAUUCUAUCCCAUACGCUUGCCCACUUUCGGAAACUUUCGGGGCUCUGGAUUUGCAGUGUCUCCCUCGACCAGGGCACUCAGGAGCUUCAAGCUCCAACUCUCAAGCCUUCUCUUCUUCGAGCGCAUGGCUUGGUACCUUUGGAGGUCCUACGGUCAGUAACGAAGAGGAAGCAUUGCACGUGUGUAAGACAACUUGCGAGAGGCAAAUUGGCGACUUGAUUUACAGUAUUGCGAGGAAUGUUCCUGACUACUGUCAAAAAGUCGAGCCAUUUGUAGCCUUACCUGCACCUCAAUGGGACGUUCAGUUUCAAAAUCCCUUGUGGUUCAUGGACCCUUUUGACGAGGGUCGUGAUACAAAUUGCUGGUGCGGCGCCGAGGUGAUUUUACACUCUGUCUUGGAACAAGAAACGGCUAUGAAACUGCUGAAUCUUGAAGCUGAACCGGAGGCGCAUUCUUCCCAGAACGGAGAGGAUGGACUGCCACAUCAUGCGCGAUGGCGGCUUGGAUUUCCCAGUUGUGACGCUGGAGACGUGAUUGAUCGCUUUUUGAGCUCGCAGAAGACGCUCAUGCGCUUUCCCUGGUAUCGAAAUUCUCGUACAUUGCGACCAGAAACGCUUGAAUUUGUGCAGGGUUCUGCUGAGACUAGGGAAGAAAAGGAAAUUGACUGCGAUGCCGAAUUCGUCAACCUCUUUGCCGCAGGUGAUCAGAGCUCUGAUUAUGCAACUGACGAGUCCAAAUGCACCAUCAACUACGGAAAUCAUGUACGCGCGAGAGAUGGACUGAUCGUCGAUGGUAGACUUGGCCUCUGUUGUCAAUCACAAGAUGACAGCGACGAGUCAAUGAUGAACGGCAUUAUGCAACGAAUCAGCGAUCUUCGUAAAUCUGACACCGCUGUCAAGCAACUUGCGGAGAAGGGAAAAUUGCAAAAAGAUUUCUGUGUUGCGUUACCGCUGCCGGAUGGUUUCGUUUAUGAUGUCUUCGACAGAUCGUACUAUGGCGAGCAAGCAUGGCUACCAGAACCAGCUCGGAUUUUGAAUAAGUUCCCGCAGAAUUAUUUGUGA